GAAACUAGAAAAAUGUUAGCUUCUGGAUUUACUAGUAAAGUAGAAAAUAUGAUCCAAGAUCUAACUGAUAGUCUUAAAAAAAUGAGUCUUAAUUUGGUCCAACAAGAUAACAAGAAGGAAGCUUAUACUAUUGAAAGUAGUUAUAACCCAAAUAAUCAGAAUCAAGACAGGAAUAGAAAAAUCAACCCAAAUAUUCAUUCCAGAAGAAGAUCCAGAUUAGAACCUCGAAAUUAUAAAAGAAAUCUAUCUAGGAGUCAAGAAAGAUAUAGAAGAAAUACUCGAGAUUAUAAUCGUUAUGACAGAAGCAGAUCUAGAGAUUAUAAUCGCUAUAAUAGAAACAGGUCUAGAAGUCAGUCUAGAGACUGGGAAGUCCAUUAUAGAUCUUCUAUUCGUCAGUAUAUCAACUUGGCAGAUAAUAAAGAAACUAUCUCUACCAAUCAUUGGAAUACUCUUUUAAAUAAUACUAGUAUUAGAGAAGCCUUAGCAAAUUAUCUGCAAGAAGGACAACCCAUAGUCAGUAAAGUAAAUGAUUACUGGGAAGAAGAAUAUGAGGAUGAAGAAUUAAUCUCUUAUGAGGCCUAUACUUUAGAAGCAGAAUCUAAUAAUAUUGAAGAUUCAGGAUGGACUAUAUAUCAACGAAAACCAAAAAUCUCUUGCAAGAAAAACUA